UCACUAGAGAUCCUUGGCUUAGACAGAAAAGGUCAAGGGCUAUCCAAUCUACUGGUAUUGCAAUUUAGUAAACAUCCUGUAUCUAAUGAAUAGAGAUAACAAAAUAAAUAUUUAAAGGAAACCUGCAAAUGGUUACAGAUAGGACGUUGUUUAUAAAUUUUAAUUAAUUAUUUAUAUUAAAUAUGAAUUCAUUUUCAAAUACAAUAUACAUUAUUUCGAUUUUUUGUAUCAGCUUGGUACUGGCGAGUACUUUGCGGACUUCAAAACGAAUAGAAAAGUGUUCUAAAACAAUAUGUCCGUUGGUGAAAGCCACCAUUUGCGUGAAAGUAAAGGACCAAAAUACUCCGAGGCGUUACGUCAUGAUGUCUAAAUGCGAGCUGAAACUUCUCAAAUGUUAUGGAGAUGUAACCACAACAGUAGUACCUGGAAAAUACUGCAACGCACUUAGGCAAGGGGACCUUUCACCUGGAAAGAAGGAAGACCCUGUUAACGAUUCCAGCUCAUCGAAGGAUUCUGUUAAUGACUCCGAUCCGAAAGACCGUGUAGAUCAGGAAGAUCCUGUUAAUGACUCUGAUCCGAAAGACCCUGUAGAUCAGAAAGAUCCUGUUAAUGACUAUGAUCCGAAAGAGCGUGUAGAUCAGGAAGAUCCUGUUAAUGACUCUGAUCCGAAAGACCGUGUAGAUCAGGAAGAUCCUGUUAAUGACUCCGGUCCGAAAGACCGUGUAGAUCAGGAAGAUCCUGUUAAUGACUCCGGUCCGAAAGACCGUGUAGAUCAGGAAGAUCCUGUUAAUGACUCCAGUCCGAAAGACCGUGUAAAUCAGGAAGAUCCUGUUAAUGACUCCGGUCUGAAAGACCGUGUAGAUCAGGAAGAAAAUGCUCAUGAACCUGUUAACGAUGAGGUACCGCAAGUAGAAGGUGAUAACGAUGGUGAAAAAGGGAAUGACCAAUCUGGAGCCAACUGUCCUCAGAAGUGCUUAAAUCGCAGAGUGAUGGUGUGUGCGCGCUGUCCUCACGGCAUCUACCGCACGUUCAUGAGCAGUUGCUUCAUGAGGAUGUAUCAGUGCCAGCAUCCUAAUGAAAAGCUGGAACUGGUGUCACGGCGCGCUUGCACAGGCUCAGCACCAUAUAUGGGUGAGAUGCCGAAGCCCUCUGGGGAGAAAGCGGAGCCUUUUGAUGAUGAUCCCGUGCUUAACCAUAUUUACCACAGAUUGAGCGUACAAGAUUGAGUCUGCUUACAAUCUUACGAUAAUAAAUAUUUCGAUAUUGG